CAACCGCCGGCCGCGUCACUUUCCGUCGACGGUCGCAGCAGGACGACCCUUUGCCGGGUUGGUUUUGUUGUGGAUAGCACCGUCCCACGUCCUUCAGCACUAAAAUGUACUACAAGUUCAGCGGUUUUACCCAAAAACUGACGGGAUCCGCUCCUACGACCGCCUACAGCCCUCAGGGGCUAAGGCCAGGUGUGCCAGCCGAGUCCCCAACAAUGAUCUUUGCCACACCCACCAAGGUGGUGUCAGAGGCCGGGGCCACGGUGGAGUACAUGGGAGCAAACAGGGUUCAGGAGUUCCAGAGGCUAUUCCAGACGUCAGACGGUAUCCCCGUUCAUUUGAAGCGCGGCGUUCCCGACAGGCUACUGUACCGUACCACCAUGGCCCUCACCAUAGGAGGCGCUCUCUACUGUAUGGUGGCUCUUUACAUGGCAGCCCAGCCCAGCAAUAAGUGACCAACACAAAACCAGGAUAUUUCUGUAACACCUCUGACAUGUGUCUGCUGCAACACAUUCGACCCAGCGUUCACAGUCUCCAUCUACCCCUCGCCAUGCCACCUAUUGGGACUCUUAGAUGAGAAUUUAUCACUUUUUUAGAACAUCACACCGAUGAUAACGAUAGCGCUGUCUGUCUUCUUUGUAAAAAAAAAAAAAAAA